AUGGGAUUUCGAAUUUCGAUAGCAACAGAGGAUCGGCUUACCACCAUCAUCGAGUGCCUUAAAUAUGCAACGACAGGCGAGCAGCCCCCCAACAGCAAGGGUGGUGCUUUCAUCCACGAUCCGAAACUGGUUGGCGAGCGUGAGGUUCUGGCCCAAGUCAAGUUGCGAUUCCUGACCCUUCCCGAUUCCUCCCAUGUUGUUACAAGAAGUCUGCAGCUUAGUGUUAAAAAGACCACCCGAAGUGUCAAGACCCUCGAGAGCGCACUGGAAACCAAGAGACUAGGCGAGCGCAGCUCCAUCACAUCCAAGAAUGCUGAUAUGGACAGCCUGGUUCCUGAAACACUUGGUGUUGCCCCUGCUAUCCUCGAAUCCGUCAUCUUCUGCCACCAGGACGAGUCCCUGUGGCCCAUGAGCGAGCCUGCCAGUCUCAAGAAGCGCUUCGACGAGAUUUUCGAAGCCCAGAAAUACACAAAGGCCAUUGACAACCUCAAGGUCAUUCGAAAGAAGAAGGGUGAAGAGCUUACCAAGUGGAAAAACGAAGAGGUUCAUUGCAAGGCCAACAAGGACAAGGCCGAUCGUUGCGAGAAGAGGUGCGUCCAGCUACAGGAGGAAAUCGAGAAAUUGCGGGUCCAGGUCGAGGACAAGCGGCUAGAAAUCGAACAAGUUGGCAGGGAGGCGAAAGAGAAGCACGAGCAGGCCAACAGCUUCCUUGACAUCGUCCAUGACCUCAAGCACAAGGAGGAUCGAAUCCAUGAUCGUAAAGUGACUGUAGAAGAGCUUCGACAGAACAUAGAGGAACUUGACGAGACAGACGCCUGGCUAGAAGAGACUCUGGCCCAGUAUGAGGCCAAGGUUUCCAGAUAUGAGCAGGAGCACAAGGAGAACAAGGCCCGGUACACCGAGCACCAGGAGGAAUUGCAAAAUACUCGGAGCAGUCUCGAUGCUAAAAUGUCAGAACGCGGCAAGCUCGAGUCUGACAAGGACAGAUACGAACGUCAGCUGAUGACACGCGUUGAGUUGGUCCAUCAAGCAGCGCAGGCUCACAGCAUCCGUGGCUUUGACGAUGAAUUGGAUGACAGGCAAGUAAAACAGUUUGUGGACCGAAUCCAGAAGAUGCUGGGUGAAAAGAAGCGCGAGCUGGAGCAUGUGCAGAAGGAGAAUGCAGAGGAACAAGACAAGAAGACGACCGUCAUCACUGAACUCGAAGGUCGAAAGUCCUCCCGGGCCCAGGAACGAAACACUGCAAAGAGCAGAAUCGGAGCUCUUGAGAAGCGAAAUAACCCAUUACAAAGUCAGCUCAAUUCCGUUGACAUUGAUGAGGGUGCCAAGGCCGUGUUGGAUACCUCCUUUGCAGAGAUCGACCAGGGCCUGAAAAAAGCCAUCACCGACUUUCAAGCAUCCGGCAUUGAUGCGAAGCUGCAGCAGGAAAAUGAGAUCCUCCUCAAGCUUGAAGCAGAGAACGAUAGACUUGGGCGUGAGCUAAUGGAAUGCACCCGCAUGGCGCAGGAUCAUGCGCAACUGGAUAUACGGAAGAAAGAGCUUGCCGAGAAGAAAAGGAAGCUCGACACUUUGCGAAACACCUGGGGCGACAAGGUGACAAUAUUCCUGGGCAACAAUUGGAACGCUGAAUCUAUCGACCGUAAUUUCCAGCAAGUCCUACAUGAGAAAACAAGCAUUCUCCGUGAAGCCACGCGGCAACGUGACGACACUUUGCAAAAUCACAAGCAAGCGCAGUUCGCCCUCUCAAAUGCUCGUGAAAAGGCCAGGAAGAGGGAUGCUGAACUGGAGAGCUGCAAGAAUGCAGUCCGAGAGGCUCUGAAAGAGGUCGAUCCUGAUAAGCCGGUCAUCCUUGACGACUUGCCAAAGAGGAUCGAAAGCCUUGAGGAGACGGUCCUUGGUCUUGAGAAGGAUGUAUCACUCUUCGAUGAGAUGAAAAAUUUCUAUGGAAAGUGCCAGAAGGCAAUGAAUAAGAACAACAAGUGCCUUUUAUGCGAUCGCGUAUUUGCAAAGAUCGAUGAGAAAUCAAAGCUCAUGCAAAGAAUCAAGGAGGCGUUUGAUGAAAACAGCAAGAUCCAGAUACAACAAGAACUCGAAGGCUACGAAGUGGAUUUGGGCAAGCUCCGUUUUGUUCGUCCGCAAUACGAUACCUAUCUGAAAUCAAGUGCCGAAAAGCCCGAGCUCGACAGAGAACUGCAAUUUCUGAGAGAGCAAGAAGAAGCACUUGUGGCCCACCUGGAGGAGAAGGACCAGGUCGUACGCGAGAAGACUGAUGAACGUCAGGAUGUGGAGUCAAUGAGCAAGAUAGUUUCGGAUAUCUCUCACACGCAUCGUGAUAUUGUUGAGGCUGAAGCACAAGUAGACAGGAUUAUGUCCCAACAGCAAUCAUGUGGCACAAUUAGAAGUCCCGACGAGAUUCGAGAACUUCAAGAUAAUUGCAAUGAGCAAAUGAGGGCGACCAAAAAUAAGCUCAACAAGUACCAGAGUGACAAGCAGCAGAUGCGAGACGCAGUGAGCCGGCUUGAGUUGGAGAAGGAGCAAAUCAAUAACAGAGUCAACGAUGCGUCACGACAGCUUGAGAGAAGGAAGGACAUACAGAAUCAACUGCAAAUCAUUCGCGACGAUAUUGCCAACCAGAAAACGACCAUCCGCAAGGCCGAUGACGAAUUGGCUUCAAUCGAGCCGGAGAUCGCCAAGGCUCGGGCCAUUCGCGACGACGUCAUUCAAAGGGGACGUGCAAAGGAGAAGAAGAUAACCGACCAGCGAGACGAACUUGCUGAUUCCGUGAGCGAGUUAAAGAUGAUUGAUAGUGACAUUCGAGAAUAUGUCGAUAGUGGUGGUGCCUCGAAUCUUGCUAGCAAUGAACGCGCUAUCCAAGGACUCAACCAGACAGUUGCGCACAUCGAGAAAGACAUGAAUGAACUGGCUAGCCGUGACAACAAGGUCAGGGAAGAGAUCAGCGAUAGCGGCCGCAGGAAGAAAAACAUUAGCAACAACCUGACCUUCCGCAAAAACCUCCGCCAAAUCGAGACUCUGAAAGUAGAGAUUCGACAGCUCAAGUCCCGCAAUGCGUCCGAAGACUACGAACGCCUCAUGGAAGAAUCAGAGACACUCGAGUCCCUGCGUGCCAAGUAUCUCGCUGAACGUGGAAGUCUGAUGGGUACCAUGAAGACCAAGGACGAGGAGCUUAAUAGCCUCGUGCGCGAUUAUGAGACGGAGUAUAAAGGUGCAGCUCACAAGUAUCGGGAGGCUCACAUCAUGGUCGAAACCACCAAGGCCGCAAUGGAAGAUCUGGCAAACUACAACGUUGCGCUCGACCACGCCAUCAUGCGGUACCACAGCCUCAAGAUGGAUGAGGUGAACCGCGUUGCGCAGGAACUAUGGCGUGAGGUCUAUCAGGGCACGGAUAUCGACUACAUUCUGAUCCGCUCCGAGAGCGAGAGCGCAACCAGUCGUCGUGCCUACAACUACCGCGUGGCCAUGGUGAAAGGCGACACGGAGAUGGACAUGCGCGGCCGCUGCUCCGCCGGCCAGAAGGUCCUCGCCUGCAUCAUCAUCCGCCUGGCCCUAGCCGAGUCCUUCGGCACAAACUGCGGGCUCAUCGCUCUGGACGAGCCGACCACCAACCUGGACAUCGAUAAUAUCCGCGCUCUGGCCCGCUCCCUGCACGAUCUGAUCAAGAAGCGUGAGGGCCAGAGCAACUUUCAGCUCAUCAUCAUUACCCACGACGAAGAGUUCCUCAGGGCGAUGAAGUGCUCUGACUUUGCGGACAGUUUCUACAGGGUCAAGCGCGACGAGAACCAGAACAGCAUUAUCAGGAGUGAGAGCAUCAUGAACAUAGAUGAAUAG